GUGACCUUCAUUACUCGAUGAUUAUUCUCAACCAACCACAAGGACAUCGGUACUCUAUACCUAAUCUUCGGAGCAUGGGCCGGUAUAAUUGGAACCGCCCUCAGUCUCCUUAUCCGAGCUGAACUUGGCCAGCCAGGAACGCUCCUAGGAGACGACCAGAUCUAUAAUGUGAUCGUCACCGCUCAUGCCUUCGUAAUAAUCUUCUUCAUAGUUAUACCAAUCAUAAUUGGGGGAUUCGGAAACUGACUAGUACCACUCAUAAUUGGUGCCCCCGACAUAGCAUUCCCACGCAUAAACAACAUAAGUUUCUGACUCCUUCCACCAUCAUUUAUACUCCUACUAACCUCAUCCACAGUCGAAGCAGGAGCAGGUACGGGCUGAACAGUCUACCCACCCUUAGCUGGCAACCUAGCCCAUGCCGGAGCCUCAGUUGACCUAGCCAUCUUCUCCCUCCACUUAGCAGGGGUGUCUUCCAUCCUAGGAGCAAUCAACUUCAUUACAACCGCCAUCAACAUAAAACCCCCAACCCUAUCACAAUACCAAACUCCCCUAUUUGUAUGAUCCGUCCUAAUUACCGCCGUCCUACUUCUACUUUCACUCCCAGUUCUCGCUGCAGGUAUUACAAUACUACUAACUGAUCGAAACCUAAACACCACAUUCUUUGACCCCGCUGGAGGUGGCGACCCAGUCCUCUAUCAACACCUAUUCUGAUUCUUCGGCCACCCAGAAGUCUAUAUUCUAAUCCUACCAGGAUUCGGAAUCAUCUCCCACGUAGUAGCCUACUACGCGGGUAAAAAAGAACCAUUUGGCUAUAUAGGCAUAGUAUGAGCCAUACUAUCAAUUGGAUUCUUAGGCUUCAUCGUAUGAGCUCACCAUAUAUUUACAGUAGGAAUGGACGUAGACACCCGAGCAUACUUCACAUCUGCUACUAUAAUCAUUGCAAUUCCAACUGGCAUCAAAGUCUUCAGCUGACUGGCCACACUACACGGAGGAACUAUCAAAUGAGACCCUCCAAUACUAUGAGCCCUAGGCUUCAUCUUCCUGUUCACCAUCGGAGGGCUAACAGGAAUCGUAUUAGCAAACUCCUCACUAGACAUCGCCCUACACGACACCUACUACGUAGUCGCCCACUUCCACUACGUCUUAUCCAUAGGGGCAGUUUUUGCAAUCCUGGCGGGCUUCACCCACUGAUUCCCACUAUUCACAGGAUAUACACUGCACCCUACAUGAGCCAAGGCCCAUUUCGGAGUAAUGUUUUCAGGCGUAAAUCUAACCUUCUUCCCACAACACUUCCUAGGACUAGCCGGCAUACCACGACGAUAUUCCGACUACCCAGACGCUUACACUCUAUGAAAUACCAUAUCUUCCAUCGGCUCACUCAUCUCAAUAACAGCAGUAAUCAUACUAAUAUUCAUAAUUUGAGAAGCCUUCGCAGCAAAACGAAAAGUCCUACAACCUGAACUAACAGCCACUAACGUUGAAUGAAUUCACGGCUGCCCUCCUCCAUAUCACACCUUUGAAGAACCAGCCUUUGUCCAAGUACAAGAAAGG